AUGGUUUUGGUGGUGCGUGCCGAUGGGCAGUUGUUUCUCUGCGAUGUUGCCUUUGGAAAGCUUGGUUUGGUCGAGCCCGUGCUUCUUGACCGUGCAAACAAGGGCCCUUUUGAUGGUGGACACUGCAGGUUCAAACUGGAGCUGCAGACGUUGCGAACAAGACAUGCCUUCGAGUACGAUAUCUACUACUUGUGGCAUGAGGACACAUCCGAGACACCGAAAUGGGUGCGCGGCUAUUCCUUCGUGCCAGUGCAGGACUUCGAUUUUUUGGACGCUUUGCCAUGCAAUCUGCAAGUUCAUGGAUAUUUCGAGAGUCCGUUCACACAGCGACUUUGGUGUGAGAAGCGCACUGAAGACUGCCAUGUUCGAAUUCUGGGGAGGCAUUUUCUCGAAACUACAUGCGGUGGCAAGAUCACCAAGGACAUAGAAAGUGCCCAAGAGCUGCAAGCGUUGCUGCUGCAGCAUUUCAGUAUGUCCAUGUCCACAAGUCUGUGUCGACAUAUGCACGGGAUUGGAGCAGCUUCAGCUUCAGACGACAAGUGGUGUCGUCUGGUUGCCGCACGGGCUGGCGCUGCUGGUGCCGGUAGUCGGACCCGAAUUACUUUGUCCGUCAUGUUCUCGGUUGCAGUGCUUGCUAUUGCUAGUUGGAUGAGGCUUUCGGCGGGCUGCAGUGAUGCUGAGCUGCAGCAGACGCUGCAGGCUUCGCUGAAGCGCUGGCAAAGGCAGCCCCGAAUAGCCACCAAAACGCUGCAAGAUGUUGCGCAGAAGGCCAAUCCUGUUCUGAGCAUACGCAUUCUCAGCUGCAUGGCGCAGAGCCGGCUGCAGCUGGACGUCUUUCACUGCAAUGCUGUCGCCACAUCCUUGGCAAAGCGUGGCCACUGGCGCGAGUGCUGUGACCUCUUAGACAGGAUGUCGACUUUCCAAGUCCCGCCAGAUGCCGUGAGUGCCACGGCGGCGCUAACGGCGAUGCAGAAGCAGAGCGGAUGGCCCUCUGCUUUGCAACUGCUGCAGUCCUUGCAUAGGCAUGACGUGCAGCCUGACACGAUUGCUGUAAAUGCGGCGAUGCGAGCAGCACAAUCGGGUAGUGCUUGGCAACAAGCUUUGAGUGUCUUCAGUGCAAGCGUCGACUCCAGUAUGCUGCCGGACAAGGUCAGCUACAAUAUCCUAAUCAGCGCCUUUCAAUCGCAACAUAUGUGGGAGCACGCAGUGGCCAUGUUGCGUGAUAUGCCCUUAGCACUGGUCACACCUGAUUUGACCAACUGGAAUGCUGCAAUGAGCGUAUGUAGCAAGGCUAGCCAAUGGGAGCUCACGGUUCAUUUGCUGCAAAACAUCCCUCACGAGUUGAAUGCAAAUCACGUCAGCUACAAUGUGGCGAUACACUCGUGCGAGCUUUCAAGUCGGUGGGAUGUUGCCUUCCAGCUCUUGGGAGAAGCAGGGCGAGAAGGAAGGGAUCCUCAUGAGGCCAGCUUCAGUUCAACUUUGGCAGCCUGUGCCCGCACAGGAAGUUGGCAGGCAGCUCUCGACAUCCUUGGCACCCUCGGCUUUGCACGUCAAAAGCAGCUUCGGGACUUCGACGUUGCAGCCGCUAUUCGGGCUUGCAGCGUUGGGCAGCGUUUUGACUUGUCUCUUGAGCUUUUGGACACUAUUCUGCGCAGCCGGACGACGCCAGGCAGACUCUGCUACGAUGUCACCAUGCAGGAAUGCAGUCGUUCAAAGCUUUGGCAGCAGUGUCUGCAGCUGUUGCAGGACAUGCCUCGUUUUCGGUUGCCGCCAACCUCCCAAAGUUAUGACACUGUUAUCAAUUCCUGUGAGAACUGGCACUUCGCGUUGUGCCUGCUGGGCGUAAUGCCAGCCAGAGCGGUUGCGCCUGACCUCUGGAACUUCUACAGCGCCGCAGGUGUUUGUGCCCAUGCAGGGCAGUGGCAAGCAGUGCUGCGUCUUCUGCUAGUGUUGCCUGCAAACGCUCGACCUGAUGCUGACAUUUUCAAGCACGCCAUCCUUGGGUGUGACGACGCCUGCAAGUGGGAAGCUGCACUGGCCUUGAUGGCCAACAUGCCACAGGUGAAAGUCAUCCCUGAUGAAGGCUGCUUCGAUGCGGCCAUUGGGGCAUGUGCCCGAGUGGGACAAUGGAGUCCAGCAUUGAGUGUUUUCGAGGAGGCUGUGUCUCUUGGCAAGGCCAGGCCAAGCUCGUUGAGCUUCAUGCUGACAGCGUGCAGAACUGGUGGACGCUGGGAGCUGGCUGUGGAGCUGCUCCGGCGAAAGCUCUGCUUCGAGCCGGACGUGGACUGCUUCCGCGCAGUCAUCAGCUCUUGCCAAGUGGCCUCCGCGUGGCGCGAGAGCCUUGCGCUCCUGGAGGAGAUGCCGAGGCGGAGGCUUGCGCCGGACUUCCUGAGCACGUCGGCCACAGCCGAUGCAAUGACGAGGGCCGGGGAGUGGCAGCUCGGCCUCGGCAUCCUGCAGCAAUUCCUGCCCAACUCCGAUUCCGAGGCGUUGACAGCGGCCAUCCGCACCUGCUGCGUGGGUCUAUGCUGGGAGGGCGCCAUCUCUCUUCUGUUGCGCUCCGAGCAGGACAUCCAAGAUUGGAAUUGGGUCCUGACCACCUGCCGGCGUUCGGAGCAAUGGCAGGCAACAUUGGAUGUCUUCCGAUCUCUUGUGGACCAGCGUCUACACCCUGAUGGGAUUACGUACAAAGAAGUCAUCAAGUCGGCUUUGUCGUGGAGCGGCUCUGAGCAACAGCGGGCAGGCCGUGUUUUGCCGAAAUCCGGCAGUCGCGGCUCGGUGGCUCGCAGUGCAGGCUCAAGUGCUGAGCGGUCAUCGGACCAUGCCAUGCUUCGAGUCCCUUGGCCACAGGGGCCGCAGGGCACCACGCGGCUUUUGCUCGAUGCAUGGCGAGGGCGGGCUCUGACCCCUUCCUUGUGUGGGCCAGAGGAUCGUGGAAUGCCCAGCGAGGUGGCGGGCUGGCCCUGGCAAUCGCAGCGCGAGAAGGUCAAGCUGCGGGCCGAAUCCCGUCCAAAGGCGCCUGGUGCGCCCGAAAGGCCUGCCCAGUCAGAGUCAGAGGUGCCUGAACGCGGCACCCAGAUUUUCCGUGAUUCUGAUGGGGCAAGAGAGAGCGCAAGUGCGGAAAGCCACUAA